AUGAAGGCCACACGGGAACGCUCAGAGGCAAAUGACGUGGGCUGGAGAUCAAACGUCAAAGAGCAGAGCGUCAAAAAUUACCUACAGGUCCCAGGGCUGCCGUCGUACUUCUCUAUGGAAGGAGCCCGUGGUUCAGACCUUGGAUCCAGUGCAGGGGCGGCGGGCUCUGGUGCUGGUCCACGAGCUGCCUCAGACGAUGAGCAUCGUCUCAUGGUUCGAAAGUCUCUUUCCUUGGGUCUGAAUAGCAGAACGAACGGCUGCAGUCUCCGCUGGACUCUGACACUGACUCUGACUCUGACACAGACUCUGACUCUGACACAGACUCUGACUCUGACACUGACUCUGACUCUGACUCUGACUCUGACACAGACUCUGACUCUGACACAGACUCUGACUCUGACUCUGACUCUGACUCUGACACAGACUCUGACUCUGACUCUGACACUGACUCUGACACUGACUCUGACUCUGACUCUGACUCUGACUCUGACUCUGACACUGACUCUGACACUGACUCUGACUCUGACUCUGACACUGACUCUGACUCUGACUCUGACUCUGACACAGACUCUGACUCUGACUCUGACACAGACUCUGACUCUGACUCUGACACUGACUCUGACACUGACUCUGACUCUGACUCUGACACUGACUCUGACUCUGACACUGACUCUGACACUGACUCUGACUCUGACUCUGACUCUGACACUGACUCUGACUCUGACUCUGACACAGACUCUGACUCUGACACUGACUCUGACUCUGACACAGACUCUGACUCUGACUCUGACACUGACUCUGACUCUGACUCUGACACUGACUCUGACUCUGACUCUGACACUGACACUGACUCUGACACUGACUCUGACUCUGACACUGACUCUGACAUUGACUCUGACUCUGACACUGACACUGACACUGACUCUAACACUGACUCUGACUCUGACUCUGACUGACACUGACUCUGACUCUGACUCUGACACUGACUCUGACUCUGACACUGACUCUGACACAGACUCUGACUCUGACUCUGACACUGACUCUGACACUGACUCUGACUCUGACACUGACACUGACUCUGACUCUGACACUGACUCUGACACUGACUCUGACUCUGACUCUGACACUGACUCUGACUCUGACACAGACUCUGACUCUGACUCUGACACUGACUCUGACUCUGACACUGACUCUGACUCUGACACUGACUCUGACACUGACUCUGACACUGACUCUGACACUGACUCUGACUCUGACUCUGACACUGACUCUGACACUGACUCUGACUCUGACACUGACUCUGACACUGACACUGACUCUGACUCUGACACUGACUCUGACUCUGACACUGACUCUGACUCUGACACUGACUCUGACACUGACUCUGACUCUGACUCUGACUCUGACACUGACUCUGACACUGACUCUGACACUGACUCUGACUCUGACACUGACUCUGACACUGACACUGACUCUGACUCUGACACUGACUCUGACUCUGACUCUGACACUGACUCUGACUCUGACACUGACUCUGACUCUGACACUGACACUGACUCUGACUCUGACACUGACUCUGACACUGACUCUGACACUGACUCUGACACUGACUCUGACUCUGACACUGACUCUGACACUGAAUCUGACACAGACUCUGACACUGACUCUGACUCUGACUCUGACACAGACUCUGACUCUGACUCUGACACUGACUCUGACACUGACUCUGGCUCUGACUCUGACACUGACACUGACUCUGACACUGACACUGACUCUGACUCUGACACUGACUCUGACUCUGACUCUGACUCUGACACUGACUCUGACUCUGACACUGACUCUGACAUUGACUCUGACUCUGACACUGACUCUGACUCUGACUCUGACACAGACUCUGACACUGACUCUGACUCUGACUCUGACACAGACUCUGACUCUGACUCUGACACUGACUCUGACACUGACUCUGGCUCUGACUCUGACACUGACACUGACUCUGACACUGACACUGACUCUGACUCUGACUCUGACUCUGACUCUGACACUGACUCUGACUCUGACACUGACUCUGACUCUGACACUGACUCUGACUCUGACACUGACUCUGACACUGACUCUGACUCUGACUCUGACACUGACACUGACUCUGACACUGACUCUGACUCUGACACUGACACUGACUCUGACACUGACUUUGACACUGACUCUGACUCUGACACUGACUCUGACACUGACUCUGACUCUGACAUUGACUCUGACUCUGACACUGACUCUGUCACUGACUCUGACACUGACACUGACUCUGACACUGACUCUGACACUGACUCUGACUCUGACACUGACUCUGACACUGACUCUGACACCGACUCUGACUCUGACACUGACUCUGACUCUGACACUGACUCUGACACUGACUCUGACUCUGACACUGACUCUGACUCUGACAUUGACUCUGACUCUGACACUGACUCUGACACUGACACUGACUCUAACACUGACUCUGACUCUGACUCUGACACUGACUCUGACACAGACUCUGACUCUGACACUGACUCUGACACUGACUCUGGCUCUGACUCUGACUCUGACACUGACUCUGACACUGACUCUGACUCUGACUCUGACACUGACUCUGACACUGACUCUGACUCUGACUCUGACUCUGACACUGACUCUGACUCUGACACUGACUCUGACUCUGACACUGACACUGACUCUGACUCUGACACUGACACUGACACUGACUCUGACUCUGACUCUGACACUGACACUGACUCUGACACUGACUCUGACUCUGACACUGACACUGACUCUGACACUUACUCUGACACUGACUCUGACUCUGACACUGACUCUGACUCUGACAUUGACUCUGACUCUGACUCUGACACUGACUCUGACACUGACUCUGACACUGACUCUGACUCUGACACUGACUCUGACACUGACUCUGACUCUGACAUUGACUCUGACUCUGACUCUGACUCUGACACUGACUCUGACACUGACUCUGACUCUGACUCUGACACUGACUCUGACUCUGACACUGACUCUGACUCUGACACUGACACUGACUCUGACACUGACUCUGACACUGACUCUGACUCUGACACUGACACUGACUCUGACACUGACUCUGACUCUGACACUGACUCUGACACUGACUCUGACACUGACUCUGACUCUGACACUGACUCUGACACUGACUCUGACUCUGACAUUGACUCUGACUCUGACACUGACUCUGACACUGACUCUGACUCUGACUCUGACUCUGACACUGACUCUGACUCUGACUCUGACACUGACUCUGACUCUGACACUGACUCUGACACUGACUCUGACACUGACUCUGACUCUGACUCUGACACUGACUCUGACACUGACACUGACUCUGACACUGACUCUGACUCUGACUCUGACACUGACUCUGACUCUGACUCUGACACUGACUCUGACACUGACUCUGACUCUGACACUGACUCUGACACUGACUCUGACACUGACUCUGACACUGACUCUGACUCUGACUCUGACACUGACUCUGACUCUGACACUGACUCUGACACUGACUCUGACUCUGACACUGACUCUGACUCUGACAUUGACACUGACUCUGACACUGACACUGACUCUAACACUGACUCUGACUCUGACACUGACUCUGACACUGACUCUGACUCUGACUCUGACUGA